AUGGGCUGGUUUCCCUGGUCUUCCGAUUCGAACCGCGCCUCCGACGGCGGCCGCAUAGCACCCGAUCGAACCUCGCGGCAGCGCUGCUGGGAAGGCCGCGAUCUCUUCUUUUCCUGCCUGGAUGACAAUAACAUCAUCGACGCGAUCAAAGACGAUAAGGAGGCCCGCCGAAAAUGCGCCAAGGAGAUUGCAGAGUUUGAGAAUGCGUGCUCCAAGACAUGGGUCAAGUAUUUCAAGGAGAAGCGGGUGAUGGAAUAUAACCGCGACAAGACGAUCGAGCGUAUCAAGAAGGAAGAUGCGGCCAAAGUCCAGGAUCUGAAGGCACAGGGUUGGACUCCGCGGUGA